UUCAGCUUUUCAUUUCCACGGUCGGCUUCGCGAGUGGUGUUGGCCGUUCAUUUGCCUGCUUGUCGCGAACAAACUUUGUUCGGAGUUGUUGGGUUACGCAGUGUGCAGUUUCAGCUAGGAAAACAAUUUAAGUGGUUCGUUUUGCGGAAUAUAGACGGAGCACUAAACAUGAAUAAGUGGUGGAUAUUCACUCUGCUGGUCCUGCCAACGGUUCUGCUGGCCGUCAAUGGUGGAUCACGUCUGCUGGCCUAUGCUGAUGCUACUGAAGAUGAGCUGGAGGAGGAGCUGGAUGUUGAAGUGGAAUCGGAUGAUGUAUCUGUAACGCAUACGGACGAACCAGAAACGGAGGACGAACCUGAAACAACGAAAUCGCCUGACGCUGAUACAUUCCUGCUGUUUACUCGUCCACUGUAUGCCGGUGCUGGAUCACAGCUUGAUUUGCCAGCUGGUUAUCCGGUUGAGUUCCUGGUCGGAUUCGCCAAUAAGGGAAGCGAUGAUUUCAUCGUCGAAACCGUCGAAGCUUCCUUCCGCUAUCCGAUGGAUUUCAAUUACUACAUCCAGAAUUUCUCUGCCAUCGCGUACAAUCGAGAGGUUAAGCCGGGUCACGAAGCAACCGUUUCAUAUUCGUUCCUGCCGUCAGAAUCGUUCGCCGGUCGGCCUUUCGGUUUGAACAUUGCUCUGAACUAUCGCGAUGCUAGUGGAAACCAAUUCUCGGAGGCUGUGUUCAAUGAAACUAUCUCCAUUACCGAAGUGGAUGAGGGACUGGACGGGGAAACAUUCUUCCUGUACGUCUUUCUAGCUGCCGUUGUUGUACUACUGCUGGUGCUAGGUCAGCAGUUUCUGGGAUCCUACGGCAAGCGUAAGCGUUCGCCAGCCGCCCGAAAGACUGUCGAAACCGGAACAAGUAACAUCAAGGACGUCGAUUACGAUUGGAUUCCGGCUGAGACGCUUAAAAAGAUUCAGAACUCACCAAAAGGUGGUAAGGUGUCGCCCAAGCAGAGCCCACGGCAGCGAAAGACAAAAAGAGCCGCCGGCUCAGACGACUGAACCGUGCUUUUCUGCAGUAGCAAUUAAGGGGACUGAUGAGACGGAUUGGGAGCAGAAGCUUCCCUCCAUUGCACGAUUCACGGAGAUUAGCGUCGAGUUUUUGUUUGCGAGUGAGUGUGUGCGCCGUUGUUUGUCACAUCUAUGAACCAUACAUCAUCAAGUUCUAACUCAAGAAUCAAGAAAGUAAAAGCAGAAACAGUAACAAUUUCAGAAUGAUCGUUUUAGUUAAGAUUUCUUUUCGUUGAAAGCUACGAGUAUUGUGGUUUUCCUAGCUUCGUUAGUAACGUUCGCGCCUCUAAAACACGAUUAACGAUCCUUACGGCGCGAGAAAGUGUAACUGCGGUGUCGUUGAUGGUGGGAUCAGCUUCCAGUGGAAAGCACUGCACUGUCGGCCGUAGAGACUUCCAUCCCAUUUUUGCUUAAGUUAUUUUACACAAAAUACAAAAGAAAAAGAUUGAUUGAUAAA